AUGGAUGCAGCUAGUCUAGCCCUCGGCGUUUGCGGCCUAUACGGCGUCAUUAAGCAAUGCAUCACAGUUAUAUCGCGAGCACAAAACUUUUCCAAGCAAGCCGCAAAACUUCGCGUCAAAUAUCUGAUCGAAGAAGUGCGGCUACAACAUUGGGCGCAGAACUGGGGUUGUCCUGAUGGCGCACUCAUGGAUCCAAACCUGAAAGCGUUCUCGCCGGCGCUACAUCAAGUCGCGAUCAUCACGUUGUUGGAGAUCUACAACACACUUCAAGAUACUGCAAAGCUCCGUGAUCGAUAUGGGAUUGAUAGUCCGCUAUCAGGUUCUACAACGUCCCAAGCAACUCCACCUCUUCUCUCACGCUCUUCGACGCUUCUGAACAGUAUCUCUAGAGACGAUUUGAGUCUAUCCGUAGUCCCAGACAGAAGCAGAAUCACCGCUCAACUAUCCGACACAAGACCUACAUCCAUCACCAUCCCACUACUCCGUCGAACCAUGUGGGCAAUUAGUGGCGCUACGAAGUUCGAAGCACUUGUAAAGGAUCUCAGGGAGUGGAAUGAUAGCUUAGCAUGCUUCCAACCACGUCGGCAGCAGGAGUCCGCAGAUUUGGCCCUAAUGGCGACGCUGAUUCAACAGCGUGGCGGUGAUCAAAUCUCUGUUCCUCAGAUCAUGGGCGCUCUGGAGGAAGAUGGGCCAGCGGAACUCUCGCAGACGGCAUCGCUUAAGCGCUAUAAUGAGUUUCUGGAGGCCAAUGUGCUGAAACUGCCAGAUGCUGUUAGGAGGAGGGAUCUGUACCUGCUACCAGCCAAUUUCAGCUUGGAUGACUCUUCCAAGCCGGGUGAAGGACAGGAUUCACAAACGCUGUCUUGCCAUUGGAGACAAUUUGGUACAUACCGAGCUCCUGCUCUGCCCGGGUCAAACCCCGUUCCCGUUCUCGUCGAGUGGAAGAUAGUCCCGAAAGACAUCAAAGCGGAAUACAAGAGCAUAUCCAAGUCUAGAAUUCAAAAUAUCGCACUACUUCUUCACGAAACAACUAAGAAGCCCAAGGAAUUUUUCACGCAUCCAUGCAUUGGAAUAAUAUCAGCGUCUGACGGGACUCAAGGGUUAGUGUUCAAACUUCCACCAAGCACGACUGAAAUAGACCCGUCUACAGUCCAACCUUACUGCUCUCUACAUGAAUUAUUACCAGACACAGGUACGGAAUCUACAUCGAUAUAUGAGCCACCUCUACAACACCGCUUUUCACUCGCCAUGAACCUCGCCAGCGGCUUCCUAACAUGCCACGCUUCCGCAGUAGUUCACAAGCGCUUUUCGAGCCACGACGUGUUGUUUUCACAUCCUCUCAACCAAAUUAUCAGAUCCGAAGAAUCUCCAGGUCUUCAAAAACCUGUGAUCACCGGAUUCGGCUUCUCGAGACCGGUUGAUGAUGAAUUUGGAUCAAUUUCUGUAGACGCAAUCCCCUCUGUAGCUAUAUCCAACGAUGCGCUUUCCGCUUUGGGACAGUCUUUGUACGCUCAUCAUAGCGUAAUUGGGCGUUCGCCUGUUGGUUUCAGUGCCAAGUUUGAUAUCUACUCGCUUGGGCUGGUACUUCUUGAAGUUGGGUUAUGGACUAGACUCGAAGAUCUUUUGCCGUCGAGAAACACACUCAGGAGGUUAGGUAUUGAGGGACCAGUGUUCUCGACAAAAGUCUUCAUCGAGGCGUUCCACGACACGCUGAUUGCUCGAUACCUUCCGAGGUUGAAUAGGGCAAUGGGAGGGAUCUAUGGGAGUGCUGUAAUUUGGUGUCUAGUCGAUCAAUUCAAGGAGGAUCCAGCAUUCGAUGAAGAAGCUAAAACGCAGGAGGCUUUUUACUGGAGAGUGAUUAACGAGUUGAGCAAAUGCAACGUCUGA